UUCUCCUGUGAGGAAUGUGGCAAACAGUUUUGUUUAAAGUCUACUCUUCAGACACAUUUACUUAUACACAAUGGUAUGAAGGAGUUUGAAUGUGAGGAAUGUGGGAAACAUUUAUCAUCUAAGAGUACUCUCAAGAAACACAUUCUUGGACACAGUGGAAUAAAGAAGUUUGACUGUGAGAAAUGUGGAAAACGUUUUGCACAAAAGAGUACUCUCAAGAGACACAUUCUUGGACAUAGUGGAAUAAAAAAGUUUCAAUGUGAGGAAUGUUGGAAAUGUUUCUCACAGAAGAGUCAUCUUAAGAGACACAUUCUUGGACACAGUGGUAUAAAGGAGUUUGAAUGUGAGGAAUGCAAGAAAUGUUUCUCACAGAAGAGUGAUCUCAAGAGACAUAUUCUUGGACACAGUGGUAUAAAGGAGUUUGAAUGUGAGGAAUGUGGGAAAUGUUUCUCAAGCAAGAAUCAUCUCAACACACACAUUCUUGGGCACAGUGGUAUAAAGGAGUUUGAAUGUGACGAAUGUGGAAAAUGUUUCUCACACAAGAGUGCUCUCAAGAGACAUAAUCUUGGACACAGUGGUAUAAAGGAGUUUGAAUGUGCAGAAUGUGGGAAACAUUUUGCAGAAAAGGGUAAUCUCAAGGGACACAUUCUUGGACACAGUGGU